UUGGUCACACACAGACAGAAAAGCUUGUUGUGUAACUAAUUGAGCGCUUUAGAGUAGCGGUGUGUAAAUACGUAUUAGGGGGGCAGCGGGUUGUGUUGUUAUGUUCAUUAAGACAUUCUUGUGCGGAUUGGGGCAAGAGAGUGAGAGAGCUUUACAUAAUUGCAUGCAUGCUUUUUCACGUGAAAUGCCCCUUUAAAAGUGCGAUCAGUUAGGUUAGAUGCACAUUAUAAAGCAAGCGGACAGUGAAGAGUAAGUAGAUCUGUGAUUUUUGCACUUUACUGGUGUGAAAAAUAGCAUUGAAGAUGGUGUCUUCCUACACUUUACCGGAUGGUUUCUCGGACUUCGACGUGUUCUCUUUGGGAUCUUGUCUGCUAGUGGAGGGUCUUCUGGGAUUCUUCCUGAAUGCUGUGACAGUCGCUGCUUUUCUCAAAAUAAGAGAACUGAGAACCCCCAGCAAUUUCCUAGUCUUGAGCUUGGCAUUGGCCGAUAUGGGUAUCUCUGCGAAUGCAACCAUUGCCGCUUUCUCCAGUUUUCUGAGGUACUGGCCCUAUGGCUCUGAUGGCUGCCAGACUCACGGCUUCCAGGGUUUCGUGACAGCUCUCGCCAGCAUCCACUUCAUUGCUGCCAUCGCAUGGGACAGAUACCACCAGUACUGCACAAGGACGAAGCUACAGUGGAGCAGUGCUAUCACUCUGGCUAUUUUCAUCUGGCUGUUCACCGCCUUCUGGUCUGCCAUGCCCCUCAUCGGCUGGGGAGAGUAUGACUACGAACCCCUCAGGACCUGCUGUACCCUGGACUACAGCAAAGGAGACAGGAACUAUGUGUCCUACCUAAUCCCCAUGGCCAUUUUCAACAUGGCCAUCCAGACCUUUGUUGUCAUGUCCUCCUACCAGUCCAUCGGCCAGAAAUUCAAGAAGACCGGAAACCCCAGGUUUAACACUGCCACUCCCCUGAAGACAUUUUUGUUCUGCUGGGGACCCUAUGGAGUCCUGGCCUUCUACGCUGCUGUUGAGAAUGCCAACCUGGUCUCUCCCAAGAUAAGGAUGUUGGCUCCUAUUCUGGCAAAGACCUCUCCUACCUUCAAUGUUUUCCUGUACGCCCUGGGCAAUGAGCACUACAGAGGCGGCAUCUGGCAGUUCCUCACUGGGGAAAAGAUUGAAGUGCUUCAAAUUGAGAACAAGUUCAAAUAAACGAAGCAUGCGAUAAUCACA